AUGGAAGCGGCUACAGACAGUGCUAGUGCUCUGGCAACCUUGACUAUGCUAGAAGAACGUUUGCAUCGCAUCGAGUUCUUGCUACACGGCGCUUCUAACGCGUUAGGCAUACCUGAUUCUGCGCCAGCACAGUCUGCAGGGAAUGACGCUGUAUCUACGCGUCUGGCAAACCUGGAGAACCAUCUGAACCGCCUUGCUUCGAGGAACAGCAUUGUUCAAGAUGUCUUGGAUAUUUACAAACAUUAUCCAGAUCUAUUUGUUCCAGCAGCCGAAACCCGACCUCCAAGCACUCAAGAUAUUUCGACCAUUACCUCGAUUGUGCUCGCACACGCCUCGUCGUUCUCAGAGACGGUAUCUCGUCUCAUGUCUGUCCAAGAACUCCCUCUUCCAGCAGCUUCGGCGUCAGCCGACUUGAUCGCAGUACAACCGCGCCUGAAGAAGGUCCAGGAAGUACAAGCGGCACAGCUCCGUGAGGUGUCAGACCUUCGGGCCAGGAGUGCAAGGUUAGCGGAGCGCUGGCUUGAAGCUGGCGUGGUGGGACAAGCGGAGACUUGGGCAGAAUGGGAGGAGAGAGUCAGGGUUGUGGAGAGAGGUGUACGGAGAAUGGAAUUUCAAAGAGAAAGACAAAAAGUGUGA